CCUUUGAAACUACUUUACCUGAAAGGCAUGUAUAUAAAGUCGCCGUUGAGGCCCAAUAUCUCUGAAAAAUGGUCUCCGCACAGCGCUCGCUGUUACAGGCUCAGGUUCCUCUGAUCCGUAGGCUCGAGUCACAGGACACAUUUGGCUCGGUGGCGACUGGUCCGUCUGAGAGCUCACAGCGGACAAGGUCGUACGGAACACGUCCACGCACAUGGCCGCUGGUAUGCACAUUGUCCGGCAACGUCCGGGAACAGCGCUCAUUGCUCAAAGGCGGAAUUCGAAUGUGGGUGUAUCCACGGUGACAGACGGCGUGGGCGCUAGGGGUUUGCUGGCAUCUGGUGUGCAUCGACAAGCUUGGAAUCAACACUGCAUAUUCGCGUCACACAGCAGAGGCAGGCUCGACAGCGAGAUCGAGGACCCGGUUCAACGCAUUCUCUUCGACCCUGAUCCGCCGGGGAUACAGCAUGCGGUGGAGAUGCAAUUAUUGGGACAUAAUCACGGUGUAGCUGUCCGUCGUUGCUCGCCAGUCCUUCUCUUUUUCUCGAAGAUCGACCGGGUAGCGUGGGGCGGCGCUGGCGGCAGAAUGUGCAAGGAAGAUCCGCCGGCGGAGACAGCGGAGAGUGGAGGGGUUGUUGGAAAGGCGGAUGAUAUGGCGGAUUGAGACAGGGCUGUGAGGGCUAUGAGCGCAGACGCAUGGGGAA